AACAGAACUUUUUAUGCCCGUAAAGGAACUUCGUGGAGCUUGCGCGGCUGCGGGAGAGUUUGUUUAUCUUAGAAAGUUCAAGGGUCCAAAGUUCUAAUCCCACCCCUCACCACGGGGCCUCCCACCCUUCAGGAAUUCCAAAAAUUUGCUUUUUCUACCACCAGUUGGGCCCGAGAAAAGGCUACGGAGCGGAGCGACGCUCGGAAGCCCGGAUCAGACUUUUAGUCAUCAUGGCUUCCCACCCGAACCUCUCUCACCUUCUCCCUGCUGCCCGAUUGCGUCAGCUCGCCCAGGAUUGGCUGCAAGAAGAUGCUCCCAGCUUUGACUACGGUGGCUAUGCCGUGGGCAACCACCAGGUGUGUGCUGUGCUCUUUUGUAAAUCCCCUGGAGUCUUAGCUGGCUUCCCUUUCUUCGAAGCCAUCUUUGCUGAAGUCGGCUGCUCUGUGCAGUGGCUCCAAACCGAAGGCACCUGGGUUGAACCCGUCACCCGAGUGGCUGAAGUCCAUGGUCGUGCCAAUGACCUCUUGCUGGGCGAGCGAGUGGCUCUGAACUGUCUGGGACGCUGUAGUGGUGUUGCCACCUCAGCAGCAAAAGCUUGUCGGGCAGCACAGGAAGCUGGUUGGCACGGAGAGGUAGCUGGGACAAGGAAGACCACACCUGGGUUCCGCCUCCCAGAAAAAUACGCACUUCUAGUUGGGGGAGCCUCCUGUCACCGUUAUGAUCUGGGAAGCCUCAUCAUGUUGAAGGACAACCAUGUCUGGGCCUCUGGCAGUAUCACACAAGCGGUCCACAAUGCCCGGCGGGUCGGGGGCUUUGCCCUGAAAAUAGAAGUGGAGUGUCGCUCCUUGGAAGAAGCCCUGGAAGCAUCAGGAUGUGGCGCCGAUAUUGUCAUGCUGGACAACUUCGCUCCUGAGGACCUGCACCCUACAGCCAGCACCUUAAAGGCCUCCUUCCCCCGUGUGACCGUGGAAGCCAGUGGAGGAAUCACUGCGGAGAACGUGGCCCGCUUUGUGGGGCCCAACAUCGACGUGAUCUCCCUUGGUUGCCUCACCCAGUCAGCCAAAGUGGUGGACUUCUCCCUCAAGAUCAGCCGGGAUCAGGCUCCCAAGCUGCCCCUGCGCAAUUUCGUUUUCUGAGCCAUCGAGAUGGGAGAGCCAGCCAGUCCCAUUAAGAUCUUUGGGAGAUUUGUAGUUGAACAGGUUUCGGGAGGUAAUGACGGCUGGGUUGCAUCUGCUGCUUAAGCCAGCACUCCCCGUAACUGGGCUGGUCUAGGGUGAUGGGAGUUGUACUCCAAGGCUUCUGGAAGACACCAGACAGGGGAAAUUUCUUGUACAGUGUUUGCUUGGUAAAACCUACGUAGGCCUUUCUUCUAAAGGAUUAUUUUCUUUCACAGGCUCACUGGAGCAGAACCACCAUCAGGGUUGAGGGGAGAGCAGCUACCUUUGCUCUCAUAACCUCUUCAACCUAGGUGACUUCUGAUGGCAAUAAAAUGUAUGUCAUUUCCCUCCCACCAUCCCUUAGGCUGUGCCUUGCAUGCCUGCUGCAGGCGAUUUCACUAAGCUGGCCCAAUACAUGGUUUUUUUUUUAGUUGUUCCAUUGUCAUGUAUCAAUGUUGCUCUCGUCCCUCCACCCCACGUUUUCCCAGAGUUGCAGUGCAGCUGCGGGUAUGUCCAGUCUCUGGGCUGUCCACUCUCACACUUGCUCACCUAAACUAUGGUACCUCUUGGUCUUCAUUGCAUUUCACCUGCUAGCCUAUUGCCGUUCUCAGCACUAUUACACUUUCCAGGGCAAAUCACAGCCAGCCAUCACUGAAGGCUCCCUGGAAUUUUCUGCCAGACACAAUGAAUUUUAGCAGAAACUUUAGAAAGUCUCAGGUUUAAUUCUUUGAAGAAUUCCUGCAGUGGCUUUCUGUUCCCUGAAUUCGUUGCAACCUUGGUGCAGCCUAGGAUCAAUCAAUCUUCUUGAUUUGGUACUUAAAAUCCUCGUUUUGCCAGUUUGUGAGCAUUAUAAGCAUGGAGGGAAACUUCCUAUCCCUUAUCCUUUCUUUAAUUCCCCAUGAUAAGAAUAAUACAUAAUGUUAGAUCAGAGCUACCAAAAAUCCAGAUGCCACUUGUGAUCAUCCUAACUCUUUUCUGCCACGUUUGGCUAAUUUUUGCAGUGCAGAUCCAGCAGUCCUAGCUAGAACUGUUCUGUAUCAGACUCAUUAUAAAAUACAAUCCUCAGUUAAUUCAAAUGCCCUGUACAAUGAUUAGUAUCAAGAACCAUCUGCUUUCUCUCUCUACCCAACUCCACCUGCCACAAAUGGCUGAGUGAGAAGGAAAGGAACAGCAGGAAUGGAGAGGCAGAUUCACCACUUUUGGUUCAUCUGUCUCCACUGUUGGGUUUGAUCUCACACAUCAUCAACAAUCACCUUCCCCACUCUUAGUAUAUUAUCUCUGAGCAAAAAGAGUCCACAAGAUUAAAAGAGAGAGAGAGAGAGAGAGCUUCCCCCGUGAAAGGACAUGAAUGGAUUAACAGUUAUGUAAACAUGGAAUUCAGGAGAUGGGGGGGACCAAUGAGUAGUGUAAGAGCAUCAGAAAAUGCUAGUCUUAUUGAAGCGUCAUACGAUGUGCAGACUUCAUCAAGGACGUGGGUGGGAAAACACAGGGGGUCCUAUACUGGAGCAAGGAUAUAAAAAUAAAUGUGUAAGUGAAGCAAUAUUUAGUUUAAAAUUAUUAAGUGAUUUGAGUUUGCUUGAGUUUAAAAUUAUUAAGUGAUUAAUUAUGUUAUUUUAACCAACUGUUUUUAAAAAUUUAAAUAUAGAUCAAAAACAACUUGUUCUGAAUCAAGAAGCAGACAUCCUUUCCUUUUAGAUGACUGUCUAUAGCACUAGCAACGUAAGAGGUGAUAUUGUCUCACUUUCUUUCACAUAAGAAGGAAUGGUCUUUUAAGACUGUGCUUGUUAUUAAGUAUGUGUAUCAAAACUAUUUUCUAAAAGUUGUACCAGGCACACUUAAAAAAAAUCAGUUCAUCCAGCUGAUUAAUUAAUUAAACACUGUGGCCCUAAAAGGAAGAGAACAAUUACAUUCAGAACCUGAAGCUAAAUUAAUCUU